AUGUCACAGUGGAGCCUGUCCUGGCUGGGCCUGGGGCAGCUGGCCGCCUCCCCGUGGCUGCUCCUGUUGCUGGCCGGGGCCACCUGGCUGCUGGCCCGCGUCCUGGCCUGGAGCCACCGCUUCCAUGACAUCUGCUGCCGCCUCCGGUGUUUCCCGCAGCCCCCAGGACGGAGCUGGUUAUGGGGCCACGUGGGCCUGAUUCAGAGCUCAGAGGAAGGUCUCCUGUACACACAGGACCUGGCAAGGAGCUAUGGGGAUGUGUGCUGCUGGUGGGUGGGUCCCUGGAAUGCAGUUAUCCGCAUCUUCCACCCCACCUGCAUCAAGCCUGUGCUCUUUGCUCCAGCUGCCAUUGCGCCCAAGGACUUUGUCUUCUACAACUUCCUGAAGCCCUGGCUGGGGGAUGGGCUUCUGCUGAGUGCUGGUGACAAAUGGAGAAGCCACCGCCACAUGCUGACACCUGCCUUCCACUUCAACAUCCUGAAGCUCUAUAUGAAGAUUUUCAAUGAUAGCGUGAAUGUCAUGCAUGCCAAGUGGAAACGCCUGGUGUCUGAGGGCAGCACCCAUCUGAACAUGUUUGAACACAUCAGCCUCAUGACCCUGGACAGUCUGCAGAAAUGUGUCUUCAGUUUUGACAGCAAUUGCCAGGAGAAGCCUAGUGAAUAUAUUGCUGCCAUCUUAGAGCUCAGUGCCCUUGUGGCGAAACGGCACCAACAGAUCCUCAUGCACACGGACUUCCUGUACUACCUCACUCCAGAUGGACAGCGCUUCCGCAGAGCCUGCCGCCUGGUGCACAACUUCACAGAUGCUGUCAUCCAGGAGCGGCGCCGCAUUCUCUCUGAUCAGGGUGUUGAUGACUUCCUCGAGGCCAAGGCUAAGACCAAGACUUUGGACUUCAUUGAUGUCCUCCUGCUGACCAAGGAUGAAGAUGGAAAACAAUUGUCAGACAAGGACAUCCGAGCUGAAGCUGACACAUUUAUGUUUGAGGGCCAUGACACCACAGCCAGUGGCCUCUCCUGGGUCCUGUACAACCUUGCAAAGCACCCAGAAUACCAGGAACGCUGUCGGCAGGAGGUGCAAGAGCUCCUGAGGGACCGUGAGCCUCAAGAGAUUGAAUGGGACGACCUGGCCCAGUUGCCCUUCCUGACCAUGUGCAUCAAGGAGAGUCUGAGGCUGCAUCCCCCGGUUAUAGUCAUUGCCCGCUGCUGUACCCAGGACAUCAGGCUCCCAGAUGGCCGGGUCAUCCCCAAAGGUGUUACCUGCCUCGUUAAUAUUUUCGCGACCCACCACAACCCAUCCGUGUGGCCAGACCCUGAGGUAUACAAUCCCUUCCGCUUUGACCCAGAAAACAUCAAGAAGAGGUCGCCCUUGGCUUUUAUUCCCUUCUCUGCAGGCCCCAGGAACUGCAUUGGGAAGACGUUUGCCAUGACCGAGAUGAAGGUGGUCCUGGCGCUUACGCUGCUGCGCUUCCGGGUGCUGCCCAACGAGGAGGAGCCGCGCAGGAAGCCAGAGCUCAUCCUGCGCGCAGAGGGUGGACUUCGGCUGCGCGUGGAGCCGCUGAGCUCGGGCCCCCGGUGA